UUGGUGCACUUGCCAUGUUUGCGGAAGCCUGGUGUCAGUAGCUAGCUGGAGGCUUCUGACAUUUUUUUUUGUGUCUGUUGUAGCUGUGUUUUAUAAUUCAACAUGAAUCUACCAAAGGGACCAGAUUCUUUGUGCUUCGACAAGGAUGUUUUUAUGAAGGAUGACUUUGACGUUGACCAGUUUGUGUCGGAGUGUCGGAAGCAGGUCCAGCUGGAGGAGAUGAGGGAGGACCUGGAGCUGUAUUACAAGCUGCUGAAAACAGCCAUGGUGGAGCUCAUCAACAAGGACUAUGCCGACUUUGUUAACCUCUCCACCAAUUUGGUGGGCAUGGACAAAGCCCUCAAUCAGCUUUCUGUGCCAUUGGGACAGUUACGAGAGGAGGUUAUGAGUCUGCGGUCCUGUGUGAGUGAGGUGAUUCAGGCUAUAGACAACCAGCUAACCAAACAGGAAGAUCUGCAGAAAAAAAAGGUGUGUGUAUUGAGGCUGAUUCAGGUGGUGCGCUCAGUGGAGAAGAUUGAGAAGAUCCUCUACUCGCAGAACUCCAAGGAAUCCAACUCCCUGGAAAACAGCAGUCCCUUGUUAGCAGGUCAGGUCCUGGAGAGGAUUGCUACAGAAUUCAACCAGCUGCAGUUCCACGCUGUACAGAGCAAAGGCAUGCCCCUACUGGACAAAGUCAGACCUCGUAUUGCAGGGAUCACCUCCAUGCUGCAGCAGUCUCUGGAGGGCGUGCUGAUCGAGGGUCUGCAAACAUCCAACCUGGUCAUGGUGCGUCACUGCCUGAGGACGUAUGCCACCGUAGACAAGACUCGAGAUGCCGAGGGCCUGGUAGGACAGGUGUUGGUCAAGCCAUACAUGGACCAGGUGAUAGUAGAAGAGGUGGUGAAGUCCAGUCCGAAUGGUCUCCAGUUGAUGUACUCUAGACUGCUGGAGUUUGUUCCUCAUCACUGUAGACUGCUAAGAGAGGUGACUGGAGGAGCCAAAUCCAGUGACAAAUCUGACAUGGUGCCAGGUUAUGAUUUCCUGGUGAACUCUGUGUGGCCGGAGAUGAUCAAAGGGAUAGAGGAGAGGUUGGCCUACCUCUUCAACCCUGGAAACCCCGACAUAUUCUUUGAGCGUUACAGCGCGAGUAUGGAGUUUGUGCGGAAGUUUGAGCGUCAGUGCAGCUCGCAGGCCAGUGUGAAGAGACUGAGAGUUCACCCCUCAUAUACCCUCUUCCACAACAAAUGGAACCUGCCUGUCUACUUCCAACUACGGUACAAGGAAAUCGCAGGAAGUCUGGAGAACGCCAUCAGUGAUGGACUUGAGGCAGCACCAGCUGGCAGUGCAUACCACCUGCAGGUAUCUGAGGUGUUGUGGUCCUGCCUCAUGAGAUGUUGGUCAGACAAAGUCUACGUGUCCCCUCUGGCCCAUCGCUUCUGGAGGCUCACGCUGCAGCUCUACGCGCGAUAUGCCAAGUUUCUUGACGAGGUGCUGACUAAGACUCCAACCACUGAGUUAACUAAAGAGCCGACCAGGCCUCUGCCGAGCUCGGCCUCCUCCACCUCCAGCCGAACGUCAAUGGAUGAGGGCGGCAGUGAGAGUGGGAGUCCCGCCUCGCUGUCCACCAAACAGCUGGUCUACAUUGCAGCUGACAUCCAAAAGCUGCAGGAGCAGAUACCAGAGUUGUCAGAGAUGGUCAGACAACGGUUAGAAGCUAUCGGAUUCAAAAACUUUGCUAUAGUGGAAGAUGCUCUAAUGGAUUCCAAGGAUUUCCUGUCAAGUAGCAUUCCCACUCUGAAGACCAAGAUGACCCAGCAUCUGACCGAACGCUGUUGCCGCUUCCUGAAGAAUGCCUCUGAGAUCCCACGACUGUACCGCAGGACCAAUAAGGAUCUGCCGGUGCGUGCAUCCGCCUACAUGGACAACGCCUUACGGCCGUUACUUCAGUUACUGACUGACUCCACGGGGCUGGUCAACCCCUCUACAGCUAAAGAGUGGCUGCAAGUUGCACUGUCCGACUGCACACAGAGGUACUUUGAGACCAUCUCAGAGGUGCUGAGCUCGGUGAGAAAGAUGGAGGAGAGUCUGAAGCGAUUGAAACAAGCCAGAAAGGGUGCGAGCCUGACUUCCACGGCAGGAGCAAACGGUGGACCCACAGACGACAGCAAGAUCCGACUUCAGUUGGCACUGGACGUGGAAUACCUGGGGGAACAGAUCAAGAAUAUGGGUUUACAGCCAAGUGACAUCUCCAUGUUCUCCACUCUGAUGGACCUGGUGACAGGAAGCCCGAGAGCUCGCUGUAUAGAACCAGUAAAGACGCCACAGUCGCUGAAACCUACAAACAUGCUGCAUUUCCUGAAGACGUUGUCCCUGUCCAGGCUAAAGUCAAGGUCUGGUAACAGUGUGUCGAUCAGGCCACAAAGAAUGUAUAACAAGAGUUGACACUACUGAAAUAGUUUUGAUCUUAAUGCAGAUCAAAUAUUUAACAUCAGGAAUCUGCCAGAGUGGUGUCUGAUUAAGUUGUACAUUACCAGAGAAACUACAGUGAGACUGAGUCCUCAUGUGUGUCCUGCUGUAGGCAGUGAAUAAAAGGGACCGCAUGGUACAGGAGAUGUUUCCACAAAAUGACUGAUGCUGGUGAUAUGCACUGCUCUAUAGAACAUGAUUAUACCAAUCAUAUGUUGGGCCAGAACGUUGCAUAACAAGUCUUAAAAAAAUCAUUUUGAAGAAUCAAACAAUAUUCGUAUAAUUUCUACUACUUGGUGAAGGAUUCAUCUCAAAUAAAGAAGUCUGUUUGUGUCUUAUAUGUACAUUUUUGUUCAAAUUUAAGUUGUAUAAUAUAAUUAACUUGGGAAUAAAAUAAAGAACUUCGAUACAGUG